AUGAUGAAGAUGAAGCGGACCCUGUGCAGAAUCUCCUGCUUGGUGACUCUGGUUGUGGAGCUGAGCUGGAUCAACGUGGGCCAUGGCAUGCACAGAGAGGGAGGAAGUAGGGUAAUGAAGCAGUGGGAGAGGAAGGUGCGGUCAGCCUCCAGCCUGGAUGAGCUGCUGAGGCUCGCAGACUUUCCAGACUGGAAGUUGUGGAAGUGUCGUCUGAGACUGCAGCAGCCGGAGACCCUCUCUACUCCGCCUUCAGUGGGCUCACACCGCUCCACACGCUACGCUGCCGAAUCUUACAGCCUGGAGAUACUUAAAGCCAUAGAUGAAGAGUGGCAGAGGACUCAGUGCAUGCCGAGGGAAACGUGCGUUGACGUGGCCAAGGAGCUGGGCACCGACCCCUCAAUGUUCUUCAAGCCACCCUGUGUGUCUGUCCACAGGUGCAGUGGGUGCUGCAAUCAAGAGGGCGUCACCUGCAGAAACACAACUAAUGUGUAUGUGAAUAAAACUGUCCUUAGUGUGAUUCCAUUCAAGUUUGUACCAGAGCCCGUGCUAAUAAAAAUAGCUAACCAUACAGAGUGCAGGUGCAUGGAGCCCGCCAUAAUACGACGUAACGCUCAACCUCACAGGAGCAGUGGCUGCUCUCCGAUGGGCCAGCUGUCAGAGGCAGAGGACUCCCGAAGACUUUGUGCCAGUGGUUUGAUUUGGGAUUGUUCAACUGACAGAUGCAUCCCUUACCCUUCCAGUUCACCAGAGUUUCCACUCACUUCAUGGAUGCCGGACUGUGAGAUAGACGUUGAGCGCUGUGUCUGUCUCCCUCCGCCUGAACCGACUCUGCAGCCAAGACCGAUCCAACGCUGUCAACUCAACUCCUCCAUCUGUGCCCACAAGGAACAACGUUUUGAUCAAGCAUCCUGCAGAUGCAAAUGGCCCUAGUAGAAGUCCACUGGGGAAAAUAAAUAACGACAACCUGCUCGCCAAGGAUGUUUGGAGGCA